GAUCUAGCUUUCUGUUCUCCCAGGUGCGCACGUCCUGACCGACUCAGCAGGAAGGUGGAUUUUCUUUGUGUUUAAAGAAAAAAAAAAUGUCCCCGUGUCUGUAGAGAUGAUUUGCAGUUCAGCCCGGCUGAAGCUGACCGAAUGAGACUAUGGGCUGUGCCUCCGCCAAGCAUGUUGCCACUGUUCAAAAUGAAGAGGAAGCCCAGAAAGGGAAGAACUACCAGAACGGAGAUGUGUUUGGCGACGAGUAUAGGAUCAAACCGGUGGAAGAGGUCAAAUACAUGAAAAAUGGGGCAGAAGAGGAGCAGAAAAUAGCAGCCAGGAACCAAGAAAACUUGGAAAAAAGUGCCAGUUCAAAUGUGAGACUUAAAACUAAUAAAGAGAUUCCAGGAUUAGUUCAUCAACCCAGAGCAAACAUGCACAUCUCUGAAAGCCAACAAGAAUUCUUCAGAAUGCUGGAUGAAAAAAUUGAAAAGGGUCGAGAUUACUGUUCGGAAGAAGAGGAUAUCACAUAGCACCAAUUCGACCACUCAAACCAGGAGCUACUACUGUGUAAAUAAGUUACACCCCAGUUGAAAUCUUUGCAAAGGUCGGUUCUCUUCAACGAACAGCACUAUAGCAAACGAAGAUCGUUCCAUAUCGUAUGCCCCAUUAAAUUACAGUGUUUCUUAAUGAACUUGCAAAGGAAUAUUGCUAAAAACAAACAAACAAACAAACAGAAAACCGUUCUCGAACUUUCUUUGUUGCUGCUAGUUAAAACUUGUUGCAACUUUUCACUUCUCUUGUGUCCAGGUAUGCAGCAAAAUUCUGCAAUUUCAACUUAAAGAUACUGUUGGUUUUACAGAUGCUCUCCAACCUAUUUUCUAUAAGAUGAGGUAGUGGUGAACUCAGAUAUCAAACUCCUGUUGUAGAACUGUUCCGCUUCUAAGACAAGCGUCUCCUUCCCUCUCUCCUCCCUCCCUCCCUGUCUCUCCCGAGCGGUCCAGAGCCUUGCUUCUCACUGGCAGUGUUGCGCUUUGGAGAUGGGAUGGUUGCUAUGGCAAGCUUUGUUUCUCUGCUAAGAAGAAGUAGAGAAGCUCUUAUCCAUUAAAAGCAUGUUGUGACGUGACUCCCAGAGUGAUGUGGGAGUGAGCAGCAGGUGUCAUUGACUAGGGAUCUUAAUCAAGGAUUAAGCUUGCAACACUGGCUUUGCUCAGAUGCAGACGGAAGUGUGAUCACAAUCAUUUUGAAUCCCUCUUCCCCACUUUUUUUUCUAAGAAAAUAAACAUUUUACUGUUUUUAUGUAUCCUUGUCUUCUCCCAUUCAUCCAGUUCAGUGUUUCACGAUGAUCCCGGGCGCAGAAGAUGAGCCCUCCUUUGCAGUGACACUGAUAAUUGACCUUCGUGGCUCCCUGCCCUCCCAUCCGUCACCCACCACCCAUUAGCAGGCUGUCAGUGGUCAGAAGAGAUGAGGGGACACCCCUCGACUUUUUAGGAGGGCCUGAAACCACCCUGUUCCCUUUCAUUUCGUUAGCAAAUAAGCCAUCCUCCGUCCUCACUCUCUCCCUUCAGAAUGUUCCAUGAACCUUGCCACUUCCUCCUCCUCUUACCUGCAGCACUGGCUAGGACAGUGCAAAGCGUCUGCCUACUGGAAAUGUAGCACGUUGACACUGGUGAUGAUAUUUGGAGAUGCAGAAGCCAAAGCCCCAGGGCAGUGGUGGGGGAAUGUUGACUGUGGGUUUGGUAGAGUUUAUUUUUCCAUAUUAUAUGAAGAGAAUGAUCUCUUCUCGAAGACAGAAGUAAUAUUUUUAACAAAUGUUGUCACAAGUAAAUAGCAAUCAAAAAGGAGAAAAUAACUUUUGUAUUUUUUUAACGCGUUUGAUAGCUUUGAUGAGGGUUCUCUUUGUUACUGUCAGGGAAGGGCACCCUAUUAAAUGCUAUGCUAGGUUUGGGUUUGUCCCACAGAAACACAGAAGGAGCACUGGGUGUAUCUCUCUCGUGGGGUUUAUCAGCCGCACUGCCACCCUCCCAAGGUGGGUAGUUAUUUGUCCUGGGUAGCCAAGCAGCACCUGCCACGGAACAGAAUCAGAAGCUGAAUUUGCACUUGCUGAGGAGAUGAGCCUUGUCUUUACAAUCCAUCCAUGUGCUAAUGGUGCGAGUCCUUAUCUCUGUUUAGACCGAGGGGCACAACAGUGAGGGAGAGGAAACUCAGUCAAGUGCUACAGAAAAUGGACUCAAAUGUUAGCAACAAAAGCCCUUAAUUCUUUCAGCCGACAGCAGCUAUUUUGGGGAGCAGCUGUGGUUGUUACAUAAAUAGAGAUGCAGCCAAAAUUUAAGGCUUUUUAUCCUGCUUCAAGCAGAAAAAUGCAGAGAGAGUCAAGUCGCCUAGGGUUCUAAGUUCCCUCCCUUUGUACGGUUUUGGCCAAGUGACUAAAAUAGUUUUCUUCCACCGUAAAUGAGCUGCUGAGCCCCACCUGAAACCUGUCCAUUCGGGACUUGGCCUACUGUUAGAUGAUUUCCUAUUCUUACCAGGCAACAAUGAUGCUGACACGAAGCAUCUUCCCUGUGACUCCUCUGUUUGGUGUCUCAGAGAGUGUCUUCCCAGAAAAUCACCGCCUUCUACCCAAAGAUAAAACAUGCUCGUAUCGUUUUUUUCCAGUCAUUUUUAACAUUUGACAUCAGACACAUGUACACGGAACUAAGUGUGUCCUGGGAAUUUGACUUCUGAGUGUUUCAUUAAACUAGAAGCCUGUUCCCAUGAACCAGGGCCUCUUCACCUGGAGUUCUGUCUCCUGGGUUUAACUCUUUGAUGUGCAGACGUGAUUUCAUCUGCAGAUGAAAUCUGCAUACACAUCGGUGUAUCUAGAAAUAGAUCUGAGAAAUGGGGUGGUUGAGUGGGUUGGCAUGAGAUGCUUGACUAUGUUAGCAGCACACAAAGCUUGUCUGUUUUCCAUCGUUGGCUUUAAUCAUAAAAGUGUCAAGUGA